AUGGGAAAACUGCAAAUUAAGAGCAAGGGCCAGGUUAGUUAUUCCACUGGCCUACCUGCUAGUCUCAAGACCAUCCACCCAUCAAAGCUAAGGAAGACAAUGGAAGCGACUGUGUCCACACUUACCAUCUCAAAGCCACCUGAUUGUUCCGAAAGUAACACGGACUCAUCCGACAACAGCAAAGACAGUCCUUGGAAGGAUGAAAAUGCAGAAUCAACAAGCACAAGAAAGCAUAACCGAACUGGCAUUGCAAGACGCCUAGUUACAAGCUCAAAUCUGUCGUCCCGGGGCAGCAAAGGACUCCAGGAUGUGUUAGAGGAGUUCAACCCGUGGGGAUCAACGGGACACAACAAGCGUGAAUACCGGCAAAAGGACAGGCGUUGUUGUUCGGCUGAAGAAAAUGUUCAAAGAGAAAGGUUACCCCAAACCCAAGUUCAUUAG